AUGGUGCUCCCCAGUAUGGUGACCUCCAGCAUGGUCCUCCCCAGUAUGGUGACCUCCAGCAUGGUCCUCCCCAGUAUGGUGACCUCCAGCAUGGUCCUCCCCAGUAUGGUGACCUCCAGCAUGGUGCUCCCCAGUAUGGUGACCUCCAGCAUGGUGCUCCCCAAUAUGGUGACCUCCAGCAUGGUGCUCCCCAGUAUGGUGUCCCUCAGUAUGGUGGCCCUCAGUAUGGUGGCCCCCAGCACGGUAGCCCCCAGCACGGUGGCCCCCAGUAUGGUGGCCCCCAGUACGGUGGCACCCAGUAUGGUGGCCCCAGUAUGGUGGCCCCCAGCACGGUGGCCCCCAGCACGGCGGCUCCCCGGUGCGGGCUUAAUCACCGCGACUCAGGAGACUGGGAGGGCAUCCAUCACGGGCGGGUUAUGA